AUGAUUCAUUGUGUUUCCUCCACGGAGAACGGCAUCAUCUUCGGCAACAUAGUGUAUGACGCCAGGGGUUCAGCAGGUGAAUCCAAUUGGAUUGUCCUUUCGGAUAUUCGCAUCGACAUCCUCGAGUACAUCCAGCCGGCGACGUGUUCGAAUGCCGAAUUUCGGCGCAUGUGGUCCGUCUUUGAGUGGGAAAAUAAGGUGACUGUUAGCACACAGGUAACUGAUCUUCAUACGUACUUGGACAAUGUGACGAAAAUAACAAACUUUCGUUGCCUAACUCCUCCUGAGGCAUUGCGCGGUGAAUGUAACUACCUCUGCGCAACUCUCUAUGCCUGUUCUGUGUUUGGUGAGCAUGUUCUAGGCAAUCUCUGUUUGGAGAAACCCACAGACGAUGCUCCCGUUUCCGGUCAUGUUCGGAUUCGUGCUAAAACUCAAGGCAUGGCUGUAACCAUGGGCGAUAAGGUGAGUUAUUUCGUGUGGCCGUGGGACUUGAGAACUGACGUAACAGCUCAACUCCCAUUACCAUUCUUAUCACUAUUAGUAUUUAGCAGUUACACGAACGGCCUGAUUAAUGCCAGAAGAAGCAGCAUAAUGUUUGAUUUGGUGAGGAGAAUGUUGUUCAACGGUUGUAGAUAUUCAUUUGUCGCUGACUUUCGUGUGCUGGGGCUAUUGGACAAUAUUGGUUCAGUAACUGAUGUAUUCUCUAUGUAG